UCGUAAGAGACCGUAAUCGCGCGUGCAUGUGACAUCGUCUCUUAUAUUCAAUUUUUAUAAACCCUAAAUAAAUUAAAUUCCGCAGUACUUUUAUUUAUUUAUAUAUUUUUAUCUCGAUAAUUACUUACUCUCGCUUACCAGCGGAAAUAGUAAUCUCAGGAUUAACAAUCGUCGACAAUCGUUUAACCUCGACAAUUCUUAACCAAAAAGUUUAAACGCUCAGCAAAACUGUGCUCUGUGUAGUGGACACUGUGUUAGUUUAAAAAUUCAUAAAUUAUUAACAAUUUAAAUUUACGCGCGCUUAUAACAAUGACCUGGAGAUUAAAAUUUUAAAUAAACGAAUUAAUAAUCGCGGGUGUUGGUUUUAUUUAUAUUUAAAAAUAUAGUGAAGGUUUAAAAAUAUAUAACAAAUGCAACGUAUGACUAAAAUUGUGCAUUGACGUCACUUUAUGAUUAUUAAUUAAUUAAUUAUCUGUUAAUUUAUCGAUAAAGUAAAUUGUGGACUUUUGAAUUUGUGCAUACGCUGAUUGAUUAUUUAUUUAUUUUUUUUUGUCUACUUGUGAUUUAAAGAGUAAAUCAAAUUUAAAAUCAGAACCUAGAUCCUGAGGUAGACGUAGUGUGAUUUAGAUUGACAACCGCUGAGCGGUUAAUUAAUCAGUCAAAAUUCGGGUAAAGAACAGAGAACCCCUGCCAUCCUACGCGAUGGAAAUUAGCGACGAGUACCAGGACAUGGGGAAUCCUGGUGGUGGAGUUGCGAUGGCCAGUAUUCCUCUUCAUCAUCGACAGUCGCCAGCCAGUUCCGAGUCACAUCAAGAAGAGGAGUCAGAUCCAGAACAAGAUGAGGAGAGCGGUGAGGAAUUGCCACAACAGCCACUUCAUAAUAAUACUCACACAUCAAAUGACGACACAUCUGUAUCUGCUGGUCUACCGGUUCCACUAACGUCACAUAUCAAUAAUUUUCUCGCCCCACACCAACAUUUCAUGAAAUUAAAACAAGAGCCGGCUGAUAUGGACAUGAUUGGGGCCAAAUCAAACUUGGAUGCACUCCACGCAGUGAUGGCCAAUGGAUACGGUGGUUUUCCGUUUCAAACACCAGCAUUUUUACAACUCCAGCAUCUGAACCCCGCGCAGAACCGCGACGCUGCGGGCGUUGGCAAUAAUGCGCUCCCCUCAUCAGCCAGCUCCCACUCUAGCGAAUCAUCGCAGAGUUCAUCUCGCAACAACAAUGACCCCCGUGACAACGGCUCGCAAUCAAACCCUAAUAAUAAUAACUCGGGAAAUUCAAGCCAGCAGCAGUCAAGCUGGAGCUUUGAGGAGCAGUUCAAACAGGUGCGUCAGUUAUACGAAAUUAAUGACGACCCGAAACGUAAAGAAUUUCUUGAUGAUCUCUUCUCUUACAUGCAAAAACGCACACCAAUCAAUCGAUUACCUAUUAUGGCAAAAUCUGUUCUUGACCUGUACGAACUAUAUAAUUUAGUGAUUGCUCGCGGUGGUUUAGUAGACGUCAUAAACAAAAAAUUAUGGCAAGAAAUUAUAAAAGGUUUGCACCUGCCUUCAAGUAUUACUUCGGCGGCGUUUACUCUACGUACACAAUACAUGAAAUAUUUGUACCCGUACGAGUGUGAAAAACUGCGGCUAUCAACACCAGCGGAGUUACAAGCGGCAAUAGACGGCAACAGACGGGAAGGACGUCGCAGCAGUUACGGAGCAUAUAGUGGAGGUAGUGGUGAUAAUAUGUUACCACGAACCCCAAGCACACCUGGUUCAUUGGCACUGCAUACACAAAUGUCACCGCUAUCUUUAGUAACAGCAUUGGGAGGACAGCAUCAUAGCGCACAGUCGAUGGCUAACGGUAGCGCAGCACACACACCUCUGCCAUACCAUCCUCAUCAUCCCCAACAUCCGCUCGGACAAGCUACUGCCGGGCCAAUGGCGGGCGGACCGCCGGCUGACUUUGAUGCACGUGUAACAGAUUAUCUAAAAUUAUUGCAACGAGACUUUCAACGCAGUAUGGGAUCAAGUUCACCGCCGCUGAUACACAAACAAGGUUCACCACCAGGUUCACCGCCACGUGACACAAACCAAGCGUUAGCAGAAAUGUCAAGACUGACAUUAUGGAACAUGUACAACAAUAAUCCGCUGUAUGGUGGAUUGGCACAGCCGCCACUAUCGCCGCAGACGUCCCACUCUCCGCAUCCACAGGCCGCGAGCCCUGAGCCCCAACGCGAAGCACUAGAUCUAGGGUUGCGCACAUCGCCGACUUCUUCAUCGCCAAUCCGGCACAGCUCACCCUCAUCUGGCGGCAGCCUUCAAGUUAAAAAAGACCGCGAGUCUCUCGAUACCCCCUCCCUAAUGACUUCACAAAAGCGCUCGCUCUCCGACGACGAGGGCCCGCACGAAAAAAUGACUGCGUUACCGGGAACGCAUAUUAAAAUUUCAAACCGCGGAGACGGCAGAAACGGAGACAAUUCUCUUGCCGUCAGUAUGGAGAUAAACGGAAUGAUGUAUCAGGGUGUCUUGUAUGCACAAAGUGACAAUAAUAAUAAAACUAGUAUCAGUAUCAGUAAUAAUAAUAACAACAAAACGCGGAGUUUGGUAUCGUGAAUUUUCAAUUCAGUUCAUUCAUUUUAUUUUAUUUUUUUUUUUUUAACAAAUAAUUGGAUGUGACAUAUGCUUUUAAUUUAAUUAUUUAAUUUCAUUUUUAAAUUUCAUGUUUUUAAAAUUAUUCGAUGGGUCCCGUAUCUUUUUUUUUAUCGCGACCGGUAAAAUCACUCGAGGAAAAAAAAAUUAUUUUAUUUUAUUUUAUUUUCUUAUUCUUUGGAUAAGUCAUGAAAAUUAACGCAAAGAAACAAUAUUUUGAAUUUUUUUUUACAGUUUUGCUAUAAUUGGAAUUAUUUGAUUUUCUUUCGCGCAUGUACCGAAUUUAUAUUUAAAAAAAUAUUCAUGAUUUAUAUCAAUAUAAAAUACUAGGAUCCAUCGAUAGGAGAAAAGUGAGUGCGUGCAAUUGAAACAAAAAUUAUAAUUAUGAUAAAUAAAAUCCAAUUUUACUUCGAUUUUUUUUUCUAAUAUGCAUACGAUUUUUUUUUUGUUAUCGGAUUCUUUUACUCAAUUAUGUACAUUUUUUUAUUUUAUAUUCAUUUAUUAUUAUCAUUACUAUUAUCACUAUUACUAUUAUUAUUAUUAUUAUAUUAUGCAUCACAUAUUCAUAUUAAAAUUUUUUAUUGAGUAAAACAUAAACUAAGAAAUUUUAGAUAAAAGAAUCUUAUAAAAAUAUGUAAAAAAAAAUAAUAAUAAUUUUGGAUGGCAUCAGUUGUCUCCAAUAUUUUUUCAUUUAUCAUAAAUUCUUACCGUCAGUUCUUACUAAAAUUUAUUCUCUACGGUUUCGUCGCCUGCAUAAAUAUAAAAAAAAUAUUACAUUGUUUUAUUGCCUACUCAAAAAUAUUUCAUGAUAUUCAAGCAUUCAAUUGAUUGCCAUGUAACUGCCAACCCAAAUCUAGAAAAAAUCAAGUAGUUGAGGAGAAAUGAUCAGUGUUCAAAAUCGAUCACAAAAAAAAAACUGAUCUGGAAAAUAUCAAAACUACGGAAGCCCACAAUAGUAUAACUCGCGUCCACGAUAAGAUAUUGGGUUGAAUCUCAGCUGAUAGAGGCAAUAACCUGAUCAGGUUAACAAUUUCCAAUAGAAAACUCUGUAAAGUUUUCCAGUUGCGAUUAUGAAGCCUACCAUAGUUCUGAUAUUUUUAAAAUCGUAAAAAUGAUCAUUUCUUUUCAACAAGUAUUUGAUUUUCUCAGCAAAUAGAUCAGAAGCUUGUCUACAUUAAUUAGAAAUUUUUUGGAUUAGGGUUCACAGUUAAACAGCAAUCAAUUGAACACAAUGAAAUAUUAUUUUCAUGGUAUCAGCGUCGAAACUUCAAGUCUCAGUGUCUGUACAGUCAGUCAAAAGAAGCGAAUUUAAGUCCAAUGCCGCGAAUUAAUAUUAGCAGGCGCGUAAAUUGUAAAUACCUUCAGUCAGCGGGCAGAUGAAAACUUGUUUCUUCUCUUGGGAAAAAAAAUAGAAUAUUACACACCCAAGAAGGAAAAUAGGACAUUACAACCCUGGUGUCUAAUCACGUGGUGGCAGUUUGCGCUUACGCUAAUAGUUGCUCUUAAAUUAACUUAUUUUUGACUGGCUGGUAAUUAAACUUUAAGUUCCAAUGCGAAAUCAUGAAAAAUCUACUGUGUAACUCAGGAAAAAAUUCGAUUCCGGUCUCGGGUGAAGUCAGCACUAAAGCGGCCAACUUCACCCUGGUCUGAAAUUGUUUUAUUUCAUCCCUUGUCACACAAUUUGGUAUUAGUAGGCACUGAGGUAAGAAAUUGAGCAAUGAGAAUUUUUUAUGUCUGGAAAAAUACUAAAGGAAUUUGAUAAAUUCAUCAAAACAAUCUCGGCAACUGAUGGCUUCAAAAAUUAAUUAAAAUGUCAGUUUAGGAAAUUUCAUUAAAUCAAACAUUUAAUAAUUUAUUUAUUGUAUCAUUAAUAAUCAUAAACAAUCGUAACGUUAAUGAGUAAAUAUUAAUUAAUAAUAAAUUAUAUCAUCACAAUUGCAUUUGAUCAUAAUUAUUAAUUAAUUAUAUAGAUAUAAAUUUUUAUAUAAAUCAUUUUUCAAUUUGUACAUUUUGUUCACAUCACUUGAUAUUUAAUUAAUCAACUUCGCUUGAUUAAUUAGCUUAAUUAAUAAUAGUUAUUAUUAUUAUUAUUAUUAUUAUUAUUAGUAUAUUUAAAUACGAAAAAUAUAUAACGAUUGUAUAAUCUAUUGAAAUAUAUUGUGACGCGAUAAAGACGAUCAAGUCUUGCUUAUCCAUAAGCUUGUAAAUAUUUAGUCAGCCAAUUAAAUAAAUGAAUAAAAUAAAAUAAAAUAAAAUAAUAAUUACAAUAAAAAGUAUUUUUUUUUAAUUAUUAUUUUUAAUUAGCGAUAAGUUUAUUAACUGAUUAUUUUUUUAAUGCGUUGAUAUUUAAAUAGUUUUUUUAAAUUCAUAUGAUUGAAAAUUUAUUUUUAAUUAAUCACUAAUUAAUUAAUUAAUUAAUUUCAUCGCACAUUAAUUAGUGGCAAUGUAAAUUAUUUUUGAGGGUAGUUUUUAAUUAACCACAAAAUUAAUCAUUAAAUUUACGUAAAAUUAAUUAAUAAUUAUUUGGUAAAAAAAUUUUUAGUCAAAUUUUUAAAUGUUUUCGAUUGACAAAAAUUUUUUUUUGUUUAAUUAAUUAAAAAAAAAUGUUAAUGAAUUAUUUAAUGAUAAGGCUUAUCAUUUAACAUGA